AUGUCUACAGUUCGGUCAAGACAACCAACUUUAAUAAGAAAACGAUCUCAAUCAGCAGCAACAGCACCAUCAUCAUCAUCAACAUCAUCUCGAAAAGCACCGAAAACUUUAAAUCUUCCAUCUUCAUUAACAUCUGAUAUAUGUCGUAUUGUUGAAAAUGUAAUAUUAGCUUUUUGUCGUCGUAUUAUAUUUGCACCACCAACACUCAAAAUAUUUGUUUAUUUUUCUCUUAUUAUAAUUGGUCCUUUUUUAAAAGAUUUUCAUUUUCUAUCAAAUAGAUCACUUUCAUCAAAAGCUAAUAUUUUAAAUAAAUAUAUUACUAAAAUAGGAUGGGCAUGGUCUAUAAUCUUAUUAAUUCCAUUUGUCUAUCUAACAAGUUUAAUCUAUACUCGUGGUCAUUACGGUUUGAUAUUCCGUCAUUUAAUGCGUUUAUUCAUAGCGACUAUUAUUUGGUCUAGUAUAACAGCAUUAUUUAUUCGUAUUGAAGCCUUAACAGGUAUGUGUAAACCGACUAAUCUUCGUGGAAUUACAAGUCAACUUUGUCGUACUAGUCGAUAUCAAUGGCAAGAAGGACAUACAUUUUUUCUUCUCUAUGCUCUAUUAGUAAUCAAUGAAGAAGUUAAAUUAUAUGGUGAAAAUUGGAAAAAAGUUGAAGAUGCAAGUAAAAAUAAUAGUAUCAAUCAAAAUCGUAUUAGAAUAUUUUCUAUACCAAUUGCAAUACUUUAUAUGUUAUUAGCAGUAUUAACUAUUCUCUGGGAAUUUAUGCUUUUAUCAACAGUUUUCUAUUUAUAUAAUAUUUUACAUAAAUUAAUUGCAGCAAGUUUCGCUGUGUUCUUCUGGUUUAUUACUUAUCGUUAUUGGUAUCUUCAGACUACUAGAUCAACUAUUGCUCCUUGUGCACCUGGUGAUGGUUUUUUUUGA